AAAAGCAUGUCAUCCGAGGCGCGCACUUUCAGCGAAUUCAUACGCAUACCCAUCAGAUUCUAUCAGACAAUCGGUGAGGAUCUCUAUGAGCAUCGCUCGCCAUAUCGCACACGACGGCUGUUGCUCAAGUCGCUGCUUUACAUCGGCUUCAUCAACUUCAAUCUACUUGUUGUGGGUGAGAUUAUAUACUUCAUUAAAGCUUUAAAUUCCUUUGCCACCGUUUUGGAGGCAACCGGUGUGGCGCCGUGCAUUGGUUUCUCCUUCGUAGCCGACUUUAAGCAGAUGGCUUUGACGGCGCAUCGUCAGACCUUGCGUGAGCACCUGGAUCAAAUGGAGGAGUUAUUUCCGAAAACCACCGCGCAGCAAGUGGAAUACAAAUUGCCGCAGCGCGAACGUGUGAUGCGACGUGUGAUGGCCGUUUUCACGCUGCUCUGCUUGGCGUACACGUCCACGUUCAGCCUGUAUCCGGCGCUAAAGGCUUCCGUACAAUAUUGGCUCCUGAGCGCACCAGUGUAUGAGCGCAAUUUCGGCUUUGCCAUAUGGUAUCCAUAUAAUGCGACGCAGAAGACUUGGGUCUACUGGCUCACGUAUAUGGGUCAAGUGCAUGGCGCAUAUUUGGCUGGUGUGGCCUUCCUCUCGGCCGAUCUGAUAUUGGUGGCCUCGGUGACACAGCUUUGUAUGCAUUUCGAUUACAUUUCAUGUUGUUUGGAAGAUUUUGCUGGCGCAACGCCGAAGCGAAGUGCGCAAGAGGAUUUACAAUAUUUGCAAGCUUUAGUGGUGAAACAUGCCAAGUGCCUGGAGUUGAGCGAACAUGUCAACAGCAUUUUCAGUUUCUCUUUACUACUGAAUUUCCUAACCGCUUCGUUGACCAUCUGUUUUAUUGGAUUUCAAGUGACUGCUUCCUCAACAGAAGAUAUUGUAAAAUAUAUUAUUUUUCUAACGGCCUCAUUGGUGCAAGUAUUUGUGGUCUGCUAUUACGGUGAUGAACUGAUGACGGCGAGUCUACGCGUCGGCGAUGCUGCCUACAACCAGAACUGGUUCGAUUGCGACAGACGUUAUAAGCGUCUUUUAACUAUAAUGAUAAUGCGUAGUCAGAAACCAGCUUGUAUUCGUGCACCAACAUUUCCACCAAUCUCGUUUCGAACUUAUAUGAAGGUUAUCAGCAUGUCCUAUCAAUUUUUCGCGCUAUUGCGUACCACCUACAGUGGCAAAGGAAACUAG